GUUGUGUGAUUGUCAUGAAGUUGUCAGUGGUGUAUUAAAUUAACGUUUUCUGAGUGACAGUGGUCUAGUAACUGAAAUAUUUACUGAUGGGUGCUGAUUAGGGAUUUGUUGAGAAGAAAAUGAAAUGGAAUGUUGCUUAAAAUGACUUGCGCUUGGAAAUAACAGCGGAAGAUUCAUUUGAGACUGCCGGUGUGACGCCAUGACUGAGAACCCAACCCCUGUUUUGCAGAAUUUGUUUGGAAUACUUGUUUACAUAUUCACAGUGACUGUGCUGCCUGCAUGUGCCGAAGAUUUAAAGAAGGUUGAAAUUACUGAUAUACAAUUAACUUCCAAACGGGUUAGUGCUUGUGACAAUGCAACGUUCUUAUGCAAGGUGCAUCCCUCAAACAGCAGUGUAUGGUGGGAAUUUGAAGAUGUUAACAUCAGCAUUUCAGAUGAUAGACAUAUUGUUGAUAGAGUUGAAGAUGAGUCCAGACUGACAGUAAUUUGCGUCAAUAUGAGUGAUGCCGGCAACUACACAUGUUUUGCAUCAGCAGGAGAGGAUGAGGUGUCUCAAGCUAUAUAUUUAAAUGUUACAAUGCCCGUUGUAGUUUUUCCUGGAGGAUCAGGACGUAUUAAUGUGACUAGUUCAGGGAAUGUAUCGUGCAUUUUCUGUGGCUAUCCUAUGACCGAUUUCAGAUGGUUCAGAAUGGAUGAAACAUCAUAUGCUGAAAUGGAACAGUUUUCUGUAAACUCUAUUAACUAUACAUGCACGGAAACAAUACUAGAGUUUGAAUCAGUGACAAGAAAAGACAAUGGUACAUACAAGUGUAUGGCAUUGGGUCCGCAGGGUGAUGUCAGUGGCAAUGUUACUUUGUUUGUACUUGAGAAGCCACAGGUGAACAUUGACUUUGUUAAAGCGGUAGGAGCACGUCGAAUCUUUUUGAACUGGACAGUUAAUGAUGGGAAUGAGCCUGUAGAGGAAUAUUUCAUUCAGCACAUGAAGAAUGGAACUGUCCAGUGGAUGUUCAAUCAGGAGAAAAUUGGAGGCGGUAACACAAGCUAUGUGAUAAAAGAUCUUGAACCCAAUACAGCAUAUUUUCUACGCCUUUAUGCAAAAAACUCCAUUGGAACAAGUAAUUUUUACACUUAUCCAACACCAGUCAGUACAUUAGAAAAAGAUCCAGACUUUGUGCCUGAAGUAUCUGUUAAAGGUGUCACAAUAAAUUCAAUUACAAUUGGGUGGUCUUUACCUCCAGCUGAAUUAAAAGAUCACAUCCAUUACUAUCAUCUUGUUCUACAAAAUAAUGGAACAACAACCUACAGGCAAGAGUCAAUAAGCUCAGCUGACCAAAUGAAUGUUUAUCUGUUUGUAGAUCUUCUUUCAGAUACAACGUAUCACUUCAAGAUGUCCGCAUGUAGUGAAUAUACAAAGCAGUGUGGAAACUGGUCCAAUGAAGUCUAUGGACAGACACUGGAUGGAGUUUCUGGUCCACCAGCGAACGUGACAGUGACAUGUCAAAACAGUGGUAUACAGGGUGGAAGUGUUAUAUCAGUCAGCUGGGCUUCACCACAAAAUCCAAAUGGGAAAAUAAGCUACUAUAAUGUUUCCAUUGAAGGCACAGCAAUGUUUAAGAAUGAAAAUGGUGUUAUUGAAACACUUGAUUGGAAACGGCGUGUUCGUACUGUUGAUGGGAAAGUGUUUACUACUCGUUUUGAUAACAAUGUUCCCCCAAAUACAAACUUUACUGUGCGUGUAUCGGCUGUCACACGCAUUCGCACUGUGGGGGAAAUGGCUGUAGCUCAUUGCCAUACACCUCCUACAGUACCUGACCGAGAUAAAUUGGCACAUUUUGUUUGGGACAAAGUGCAAGAACAAGGUCGUUGGUUGUUCAAACUAUCAAUGUCCCGAAUAUCAGAAAGAAAUGGACCCAUAUGUUGCUAUAGGGUUUUUCUUGUUAAGUUGGAGCCACAGCAAAGCAUCAGCCAGCUGCCAUCUCCAGAUAAAUUUCCAAUAUCAACUUAUGAAGAAGUUCAUUUGAGCAAGAAAGGUGGUGCUUACAUUGCUGAAAUGUUUGAGAGUGACAUGCUCAGUGCAGAAGUUUUCUUGGGGGAUGGACACGCUCAGCAGACAAAUUACUCAGCGUGCCUUCAAUGUGUGGGUCUGCGUAUAACCCCUACAGCUUCAACCAUGCUACCCACAGUGUCUUCACCAGCAGGAGACAUACCCUCUACAGUGGAUACUGUACUUCGUGUGAAACGUUCACCAUCGGUUGUACCUGACUUGCCACAACCUCCACCUGUUUAUGAUGGUCAGCUUGAUGAAGGUAGCAACUACACAGGAUUCAUUGAAGUUGUAGUGUAUGGAGAAGGACGAUCAUUGUUGCCAGCAUACAGUUCGUACCUGACAACCUUGAGCCCAGGUCCUGGCCCGGCUGCCCUUCGGGCUGAGCCCUCUCAACAUGUCCUGUCACUGGUGCUGCAAUUACUUUGUGCUUUAACUGUGAUCAUGCUGGUGCUUCUAUUGUCACUCUGUUUGCUGCAACGAUAUACAAAGCAUGUUGCUGAGGCACAGGGUGUGGAAAUGACACUUGCAAAUUCAUUUAGACACCUUUGUCGCAGCCUUCGUGGUCGUCACAUUCUUGUUUCUGCCAGUCCACCGGACAUGGCACCCAUUGCUAAAUCUGAUCUCAUGCAGGCCUUCAUAGAUCGCCAUAAGGAUUCAGACUAUGGCUUCCAGCAUGAAUUUGAGCUUCUUCCAGAUAGAUUUGCUGACAGAACAACAAGAAAUUCAGAAGCUAGGGAGAACAUGUACAAGAAUCGGUAUCCAGAUAUAAAAGCUUAUGAUCAGACAAGAGUUCGCCUUUCUCAGAUUGAUAGUAUAGUAGGUUCAGAUUAUAUCAAUGCAAAUUUCGUUGUAGGCUACAAAGAAAGAAAGAAAUUCAUCUGUGCUCAGGGGCCAAUGGACAACACCGUAUGCGAUUUUUGGCGGAUGAUAUGGGAACAACAUUUAGAACUGAUUUUGAUGCUUACAAAUUUGGAAGAGUAUAGUAAAACAAAGUGUGCAAAAUAUUGGCCUGAUUCAAUGGAUGGAGAGAAGAUCUUUGGUGACAUCAGUGUAGCACAUGUUCAUGAGAAGAGAUACUCUGAUUACAUUAUUCGUGAGCUGAGAAUGUACCGAACAUGUAGUGGGAAGGACAGAGAAGAAAGAAGCAUAGUUCAAUACCAUUAUCUUGUAUGGAAGGAUUUCAUGGCACCAGAACAUCCAUCAGGAAUUCUGAAAUUUAUCAAGCGAUUAAAUGAAGCAUAUUCAUUGGAGAAGGGCCCUAUUUUAGUCCAUUGCAGUGCCGGUGUUGGUCGUACAGGUACUCUCGUAGCUCUAGAUUCCCUGUUGUUACAGUUGCAAGAGGAAGGACAAGUUGCAAUAUUUAAUACUGUUUGUGACUUGAGGCAUCAGCGUAAUUUCUUGGUGCAGUCACUGAAACAAUAUAUUUUCAUUUACCGGGCGCUGAUGGAAGUGGCACAGUUUGGUGAUACAGAGCUGGAAGUCUCUGAACUCAGAAGUGCAAUAGAAAAAUUACGCCAGAAAGAAAAUGGGAAAGAUAGGUGUAGAAUGGAAGAAGAUUUUGAAAAAAUAAACAGAGUUCUAGAGGACCGUAAAUCAUUUUCUGUUGGUGGUGGGAGUGAAAAUAGAGCAAAGAAUCGUAAUGAGAUGGUGAUUCCAUAUGACAGAAAUCGUGUGAUCCUGACACCUAUACCAGGUCGAGAACAUACUACCUACAUAAAUGCCUCUUUUAUUGAGGGCUACGACAACUCUGAGUGUUUCAUCAUAACACAAGAUCCAUUGGAAGUAACUAUACCUGAUUUCUGGCGAAUGAUCCUGGAACAGAACGUCAGUACACUGGUCAUGCUUUCUGAUCUUGGAGAUGGACCAAAGAAAUGCUUGAGAUACUGGCCAGAUGAUGAAGCUGUUUAUGAUCAUGUUCGUGUGAAAUAUUUAGAUAAUGAAAGCUGCCCAUAUUACACACGCCGGGAACUAAGUGUUAGCAACAUUAAGACUGAUGAAACGGUUGUAGUGACACAGUUCCAAUAUAAUGGGUGGCCGACAGUUGAGGGAGAAGUACCGGAAGUGACACGUGGUCUCAUAGAAUUGGUUGACCAAACUCAAAACCAUCAAGAAUCUCAAGGGGGCAGUGCUCCCAUAGUUGUGCAUUGUAGUUGUGGAUCUGAUAGAAGUUCUAUGUUUGUGGCACUGAGUAUAUUGGUACAGCAACUGAGGACUGAAAAGAGGGUGGAUAUCUUCACAACAACACGAAAGCUUAGAUCACAGCGACAUGGAAUGCUGCAGACAUUUGCUCAGUAUGAAUUUCUCCAUCGUGCCAUAGUAAACUAUGCUGACUUGCACAAUUUAGUGAGUGAUGAAACAUGAACUGGUCAACAGAGCAUGAUUUGCUCAUUGUACCUGCUGCAAAAAGUGUAGAAAAUCCAUUGCUGCCAUUUUAUACCAUUGCUUUUUUUUUUUAUUCCUCGGUGUAGAUUUAAAGAAAGCUGCUGGUGUGGAGGUAACACUUUUGUAAAAUAUCUAGCAUUUUACUGCUUGUGACUUUGAUAUGAAUUUAUGAAAUUUUAUAUAUAUAUAUAAAUAACAUAUUAUGUUGUUUCAAGGACUGUUCUUCAGUUAAAAAUAAUUUUAUUUGCAAAAAUAUUUAUUUUGUACUGUAACAAUGGUACUGUAACGGGAAGUAUCAGUAUUUUAUACUUCUAUAUAUGUACAAUACUUCGCCAAAUUUGUUUCAAUUAAUGAGGUUGAAAUACUGUGGCGGAUAUUGAACUGUCUUAGCAUACAAUGUAAUUUUUACUGUGUAGGUAUACAGUAGCAUUUGAUGGCAAUGUGACUCUCUCUCUCUCUCUCUCUCUCUCUCUCUCUCUCUGUGUGUGUGUGUGUGUGUGUGUGUGUGUGUGUGUGUGUGUUUUCAAAGAAAAAGGGAGAGAGUUAUAAACUUGUUUUAUGAGGAAAAGGGCCAUGCCAUUAUUUCAUUUCCCUUCCUCCCCCCCCCCCCCCCCCCCCCCUGCACAUACUGCACAUUUUGUGAGGAAACAUAUAUCAAGAACUACUUUUAAGCAAUGAAGUUGAACAGUCUGAAGAUUUUGUACAGAUAUUGGACAUUGGCUUCUUUAUGAAAAGUUAUAUGUACAAUGAAAAGCUUGUGAUGUCAAUGUCUGCAUCAUGUGAUAUAGUAGCAGUUUGGAUGCUUAUGAAAGAAGCAACAGAAAACACUGGAAUAGUGAGAUUGUGGCUACAGAACAUUUAUGAAAGGGGAAGGAAACAUACAAUGUGUUUCCCUCUUAGAAAUAUUAAAUUACAUUAUUAAAGAAGAGUAUCUGCCCUUUUUGUAAAUGAUCUGCAGUGUUAAUGUUACUUGCAAUAUAUCUACAAUAAUUAAUUGAUUGCUCUCUAUAUUGGCUUCUAAUAUUUCUAGACAUUAUGUGGUGUGUAAGAAUGAAUAUUCCUCUGAGAAACCUAAAAUUUAAAAAGCUGUACAAUUCUCAACAGUCUGAGCUCAUCUGCAUAUUCUGGUACUUUGCUUUCCUGUCGUAUUCAAUGCUUUGUAAUUCACUGUCAUUAUAUAAAAGGAAAGAAUGACACAUUAUACUUUUGUUAAGAUAUUUGCCAAAGAUCUAGAUAAAGUCAUAGGUUUAUAGAACUUUUUUAUUUGCAAAUAAGAGAGUGAGCCACAGUAUUUCUGUUGGUUGAGCAAUAAAGAUGGAAAACCAUCUUGAAAUUGUGAAAUGUGCACGCAGUACUGCUGUUGCUGUUUUUAUAUAUUUUGUUAAAUAAGACAAUCUGUGGUGCUCUGCAUUGUCUGUGACAUAAUGCACUACCAUAUCAUGAGUAGAUGCCACAUUUGCUUUCUUUUUGUAAAAUUGUGUAAAAAAAAAAGUCAAGAAAUGAAAGAAGUAUGAUGAUUGUGAAUGUAACUGACAUGCUUAACAUAAUUUUUGAAUCUAA